AUGCGCUCUCCAGGCCGUCCUCUCGAGGCUCACGAGUGGGAACGGCUUGGUCACCGACACGGCCGUGCACAGCACCUGAGCGCAGGACCGGAACGCUCCAACGCUUAUGGCAUCCGGGAAGCCAUGAAGUCCGGUGAGAGACCGUCAGAUGGCCUCACGGGCUUACUGCCGACCCUUAUUGUUGUUGGCUCUUGGCUCUCAGGGCCAGUGCUCCUUCUUCUCUGGACUUUCGUGUUCUUGGCCAGGAUGAACUUCAUGGGCCUCCUGGUAGUUCCCUCCUACUUGGUGAUGUACAAACUGCCGCGCUGGCAGCUGCGAGCAGGCUUUUGGCUUGCGAUGACUUUGGUGGGUGCGGCUUCAGGUCCUUUAGGCCUGUCCUUCUGCUUAACUGUCUUCAUCUUUGCGGCGCCGGUGAUCUUCGACCUGCGACUGAGUGCCUGGCCCGGGUUCCUUGCCUGGAUGGAAGGCCAGGGCUUCAAAAGGUUCCUGGCGAGGUGCGAGCUGCGAGGAUGCCUUGACGACGUGAAGCCAGAGAAGACCCUUUUUGCAUUCCAUCCGCAUGGAGCAGUCUGCUUUGGCUUCACAGUCAACGGAAUUUUUGAUUCAAAGUUUGUGAGCAAGUCUGCGAAGAUAGCUUUUUUGAUUGAUGAUUUCCUGCGCAACGGCAAUCCUAUCUUUCGAUUGCUUUGCGACACGUACUCAACAAGAUCUUGGGAGAUGUCAACCGCCGACAAGUCCACAGUGCAAAAGCUGAUGUCUCAAGGGGCGAAUGUAGCUUUGGCCUUGGGUGGGUUUGAAGAAGCCACAGUCUGUGAAACUGGCAAGGAUCGGGUGGUCUUGAAGUCCAGGAAAGGCAUCAUCAAGUAUUGCUUGCAGCACGGCUACAGGAUUCAUCCUGUUUAUUCCUUCGGAGAGGACGAGACCUAUUCGUUUCUGCCGGGGCUGAUGAGCUUUCGGCUGUGGUUGAAUCAGUUCAAAGUUCCCGCAGUUGCUUUCUUUGGAGACCUUAUGACUCCCUGCUUGCCGAGACGGCAGGCGAAAAUGCUGACGGUUGUCGGUGAAGCGAUCCAGUGCCCGCAGAUCCCAGCGCCAACCCAAGAAGACGUUGACCUUUGGCAUGCCAAAUAUCAGAAAGCGCUCACCUCCACCUUCCAGCAGUGGAAGGCCGAAGCCGGAAGGCCGCACGCAGACUUGGAGGUCUUUUGA